AUGGCACGUCAAUUGAUUGUUCUUGCUCUUUUCUUUGUUGCUUUAGCAGGAUUGGUCUCUGCUGCCACGUCACCAGCAAGCUCACCAUCAUCAUCACCAUCAUCAUCCCCAUCUUCAUCCCCAUCAUCAUCCCCUGCGGCUGCACCUAAGAAAAGUGGAAAUGCACCCACACAAUCACCCAAGUCAUCAUCCCCUGCAUCUUCACCUAAGGCCAGUUCACCAUCAUCCUCUACCUCUGAAUCUCCAGAUUCCUCCAGCUCAGCAGAAUCACCUGAGGACGAGGAUUAUGUCUCAUCUCCCCCUUCUCCUUCUACUGACUCUACCACCGCUGACUCAGCUCCCACACCAAGUGCCACAUCAGCUGAUCAGACACCCACGUCAGCCAGCAGUGCCGCCACCUUGAAGGUUUCCUCAGUCUUCGCUGUUGCAGCUGUUGCUGGAUUCUUCUUCUAA